CUUACUAAAAAUGUGAAAGAUUGCUUAAAGAAAGCUAUCAAGUAGAACUAACAAAAGAAAAAUACAAAACACUAAAAAAACUUGACAAAGCAGAAUCAUCUGUAUCUAUAUCAAAGAAACAUGGCAUUCCAAAGCAAACGUAGUCUGGAUGGUCAAAAGAAAAAGAUACAGUAUGUUCAGAAGUCGAAAAAAAUAAAACUUCUGCGAAGAGUGUGGAUGCGUGUCUCUAAAAAUGAGGAUUUGGACAAAGCAUGUUAUAUGGAAAAAAACACAUACUGAAACUUUUUAGUCCCUGUGUAAUAAGAUAAGUUCGUAGAUAUUUAAACCUAUUUAAAGAAAAUAAAUUUUAAAUGGAAUAUUCAAAUACAAAGAUAAUUGGUGGUUACGAUGCGAAUUUUUUAGACAAAUUUUUAGAUGAUUAUGAAUGCCCUGUGUGUAAAUUGGUUUUCCGUGAGCCUAUUCAAACACAGUGUGGUCAUCGACUUUGUUUGUCAUGCUCUGAAGAAAUAAAAAAGAGAAAUGGCGGGAUUUUACUUUGUCCGCUUGACAAAAAGAUUUCAAACUUUGAUAGGAUUUUCCGAGAUAAAGCGUUUAAAAGAGUUAUUAUGCAGUUGCAUGUAAAAUGUGAUAACUACAUUCGUAACUGUCAUUGGACCGGAGAACUGAAAAUAAUUAAUAAGCAUUUGAAAUCUUGUGAAUAUCAAGAAGUAAAAUGCAUCAAUAAACAGUGUUCUAAUUUACUUUUGCGUAAAGAACUAAAAGAUCACAUGGAAACACAUUGCCUCUACCGUUUUGUUCGCUGUCAAUAUUGCUAUCGAAAAAUUUGUUAUAUAAUGUUGCAAGCUCAUUUUGAAAACUGCAAUUGUUUUCCAGUUGAUUGUGUUAAUCAAUGUGGCUUAAGUAUUUUGCGUAAAGAGAUGCCUUCACAUAUUGCUAAUUACUGCGCUUUCUCACUUAUUCCUUGUCAAUACUUUAACAUUGGAUGCAAUUUCCAG